UCACAGAUUGAGCAAUACAGAAAGUGAAAAAAGAAAUUUAGCAACAAAGCUUCAGGUCCUCUCUCUUAUUCCUUUCCACCUUUCACACUUUCUAUUUCACAUUCGUUCUAUUAAUUUACCACACCCAAAACUAAGAUCCAAACGUUCUCCAUUUUUACGGGAAUGUAAGGAAAAUACAAUGAGUAUUCAUGAUCAUGGGCUGAACCAAGGAAUCUCGAAAAGCGUUGACAUAUGUUAGAAUUAAUUCUUGCUAAUGUUAGAUCAGAAUCAAGAUAUUACCCCCUUUUACAGUGACAUAUGAGAAGUAGGAUUUUAGGGUGGAGGUGAAAAUGAAUCCCAAAUCCAUUCCAUUUUCAGCAGCUGGUUCAGGGCUCAUUAGAGGGGGAUUGGGUGCUUACGGAGAGAAAAUUUUUGGGUCAGGCUCUGAGUAUGUACAAAGCAAUAUAAGCAAGUGCUUCUCUUACCCUCAAUAUUACUUCCAAGUGAAUGGCCAUUAUGUCAGGAACAAAUUGAAGAUUGUUCUUCUUCCUUUUCUAAACAGGGGCCACUGGACAAGAAUAACUGAGCCAGUUGGAGGCAGGCUAUCCUAUAAACCUCCAAUUAAUGACAUAAAUGCUCCAGAUUUAUACAUUCCUUGCAUGGCAUUUGCUACCUACUUGGUUCUUUCUGGCAUCUCAUUGGGCCUUUCUGGGAAGUUUUCACCAGAGGCCUUAAAUUGGCAGUUUGUUAAAGGAAUGAUAGGCUGGUUUUCCGAAGUGAUGCUGCUGAAAGUUUCAAUUCUUUCACUGGGAGGUGGGGAGGCACCUCUGUUGGACAUGGUAGCAUAUGCUGGGUAUACAUUCACAGGGAUGUGUGUUGCUGUGCUGGGGAGGAUCACUUUGGGCUAUACAUACUAUUUGAUAAUUUUGUGGACAUGUCUUUGCAUGGGUAUAUUUUUGAUCAAGACUAUGAAGCGAACUCUGUUAUCCGAGGUUAGGAGUUAUGACUCAAGCAAGCAUCAGUACCUCUUGCUCUGCACUGCUUUGACCCAGUUCCCACUGAUGUUUUGCCUCAGCAACACUUCAGGAACUUAGCUUUUCUGAUGGCUCUCCUGGAAAUAUGCAUCUGGUUUUAUAAGGGUGCCCUUUAUUUUCUCUCUUGCAUCAAAUAUUCUGUUGGCUUUCUGUUUCAGAAAAGUACGCGAGUUAUACCACCUUUUUUGGUGAACCUGAUCAAAUUCAUUUUCUUUGACAUCUGGUUUCGGG